AUGGUCAUGAGAGCACAGUACCUGGCCCUACAACAGGCCAAGUCAGAGGAAUACCUGUCCCUACACCAGGCCAACUCAGAAGAUGAGCUUUUGGAUCAUGGGGUACCAUUGGAGGCAAGAGGGAGCCAGGUGUGUUUGACAGAGGAGGUAGGUAUUGGCAACCAGGAAAUCAGCAUAGAUCCAACUGACAGCAGACACACAGGCAACCUCCCAGACAGCACUCAGUCCCAGAGCAGGGCAAGGGGCCUGGAGCAUGCCCACAUCCCAGGAGCUGAGGCAGGUGUCCUCAACAGAAGGAUGAUUGAUGUGGUUCACUUUCUUCUCAUCAAGUACACUAGGAAGCAGCUGACAUCUAAGGCUCAGAUUCUGUACAUAGUCCUCCGUGGUUACGAGGAAUACUACCCGGUCAUCUUUUCUAAGGCCUCUGAUUAUUUGAGGCUGCUCUUUGACCUAGAGAUAGUGGAAAGAAACGCCCCUGACCACAUCUACUCUGUUGCCCUUGCCCUUGGGAUCACCUACCAUGGGACUCAGCAUGGUUUUCCAGGCGUACCCAAGACAGGCCUGCUACUAAUCGUGCUGUGCAUCAUCUUCAUAGAGGACAACUGCGCUAGUGAGCAGGCCUUGUGGCGCGUACUGAACAACAUAGGGGUGUAUGCGGACAGUGAGCAUUUCAUGUACGGGGAGCCCAGACGUCUCAUCACGGAGCAUUUUGUGCAGGAAGGGUACCUGGAAUAUAGGCAGGUGCCCGACAGCGAUCCUCCUUCCUAUGAGUUCCUGUGGGGCCCAAGGGCCCAUGCCGAAACCACCAAGAUGAAAUUACUCAAGUUUUUUGCCAGCAUCUUUAAGCAGGAUCCCAGAGCCUACCCCUUUAGAUAUGCAGAGGCCCUGAGAGAGGAGAUAGACAGGGUCUAGGUCAGGAGGGCCGGGCAGAUGGCCCUUCUGGCUCUGCCCUGCACAAGUUCUACUUCCCACACAGGCAGUUCCCAUCCAACCCCAGUGCAGGCAGAGUCAGUCAUCUAAGUACCACGCCAUCAUGUGACACAUGGUGGGAGGAGCUGUGGGAACCACUCUCUUCUGUUCUUCCCUCUACUCUGUCCUGUCUGGGUGGCUUGAGGUUGUCUAGUUGUUAUAGAAUGUUGUGACCUUUACUACAAGGCUCAUGGACCUGGGAU